CGGUCAUUCCGCCGCCGCCGUCGUUUUGGUUCCGCCCCAACUCAACUCCAGUCUCCACGGCCGCGGCGCCGAGCGAGCAGCCGAGCACUUGAUCAACCCACCACCAUCACUCGCCGCCGCGCGCACCACCCGCCCCGCGCUUUUUAAAACGGCGCCCCAAGCCCGUGCUCCGAGCUGCCGAGUCCGUCGCCUCCGCCGGCGCGCGCCUUCAUCCCCUCCCCCAUGGGCCCCCGCGCCCGAGCCUGGACCGCCCCACCCACCGGCCGGUGCGCGCGCCGCGGAUAGAUCCCACGCCCAGUCGCCACCAGAUCCGAUGCUGGAGACGGCGGCCGCCUCCUCCCCCCGCGCCGCGGCGGCCGCAGCCGCCGCCGGGGCGGCAGCGGCGGCGGCGGCGGCUUCUGCCGUUUCCUCCCCACGGCGGGGUGGGGGCGCUGCGCACCACCACCGGCGGUGGGCGCCGGCCCCGUUCAGGGCGUGCCUCGUCGCGCUCUGGCUGGUGGGCUUCGCGCUCGUCUUCCUGUGGCAGAGCACCUCCGUGGGCCGCGUGCGGCUCUACACGCGCCCGCCCAUGCCCAAGCGACCGGUGGCGGCCAUGGGGCAGUGGGUGGCCUCCCCGCCCGUCUACGAUCUGAGGGAGUUCGGGGCGGUCGGGGACGGAAGGACGGUGAACACGGUCGCGUUCGAGGCGGCGGUCGCGGCGAUCGCCGAGAGGGGCGGCGGGAGGCUCACCGUGCCCGCCGGGCGGUGGCUCACCGCGCCGUUCAACCUCACCAGCCGCAUGACGCUAUUCCUCGCCGCCGGCGCUGAGAUCCUGGGAAUCCAGGAUGAAAGAUAUUGGCCAUUAAUGUCUCCAUUACCAUCAUAUGGGUAUGGAAGAGAGCACAAGGGACCUCGAUACGGAAGCCUAAUACAUGGUCAAGACCUGAAGGAUGUGACUAUAACAGGUCAUAAUGGUACCAUAAAUGGACAAGGUCAAAGUUGGUGGGUAAAGUUUCGGAGAAAACUCCUUAAUCACACAAGGGGUCCUCUAGUGCAGCUCAUGCGAUCAAGUAAUAUUAUCAUUUCAAAUAUCACUCUUCGCGAUUCUCCCUUUUGGACUCUUCAUACAUACGACUGCAAGAAUGUUACUAUCUCAGAAACGACCAUCUUGGCUCCAAUUACUGGAGCUCCAAAUACUGAUGGGAUAGAUCCAGAUUCUUGUGAAAAUGUGGUGAUAAAGAAUUGCUAUAUUUCUGUUGGUGAUGAUGGGAUAGCUAUAAAGAGUGGUUGGGAUCAAUAUGGAAUUGCUUAUGGGCGUCCAUCUGCUAACAUUAUUAUUCAGAAUGUCAUAAUCCGUUCCAUGGUCAGUGCUGGUGUAUCGAUAGGAAGCGAGAUGUCUGGUGGUGUCUCUAAUGUUUUGGUAGAGAAUGUUCAUGUUUGGGAUUCACGGCGAGGUGUGAGGAUAAAGACUGCCCCUGGAAGAGGGGCCUAUGUAAGCAACAUUGUGUAUCGGAACAUUAGCUUAGAGAAUGUCCGUGUCGGUAUUGUCAUAAAGACAGACUACAAUGAGCACCCAGAUGAAGGCUUCGACCCGAAGGCUGUGCCCAUCAUCGAGAACAUUUCUUACACGUCAAUCCACGGGCAGGGUGUGCGCGUACCUGUCAGGAUACAGGGAAGCGCAGAGAUCCCCGUGAAGAAUGUUACCUUCCGUGACAUGUCAGUGGGUAUAGCAGACAGGAAGCACCAUGUUUUCCAGUGCUCCUUCGUCCAGGGGCAGGUCAUUGGCUAUGUUUUCCCCGUGCCUUGCAAGAACCUGGACAUGUACAACGAGCGGCGUGAGUUGGUCAAACAAUCGACGUUCCAGAAUAUUUCUGAUAUCGACUACAGUUUUUGACAAGGGCAGUUGAUCCCAUUGUACCAUUGCUGUAGGAAGUAUUCACAGCUCUCAUAGUCCUUUCAACACGUUUAGAAGCAUUGUUUUGGUAGCCUUUUACAACCUUCACCUCAGGCAUGUAUUUAAGGAGGUUUGACUUGUCUAUACUGUCUCAUAGCAAGACAUCAGUAUUGUUCUCUUUUCAUUUCCCAUCUCUGUAUUAUCACAAACUAACUUGGUUACAGUCAACUGUACACUUUUGAUAGCUUUUACUGUUGAGGCACUUGGCUUGCCCUUCUCCUGUUC